CUGUCAAAGCAAACUAACCUCAUUUUAUGUUAUCAAUUAUUGCUAUUAUCGAAAAAUUCAAUUUAACUACUGUCGAUGAAAUCAUCUAAACAAUGUACAAUCCCGCGAAUUUACAAAUCGAGAGAAUCUGUCGAGUAUGUUUGAACGAAAACGAAGAAAUGAAACACGUAUUCGAGGAAUGUUUAUUCGAAAAAUUAAAAGAAUUAGCAACAAUUCAGAUCGAAGAAAACGACGGUUUGCCUAAUUUAUUAUGUAAUUACUGUGUUCACGAAGUAAACCGAUGGUACUCCUUCAAACUCCAAGUAAUUAAAAGCGACAAAACCCUGCGUUCGAUACAGAAAGAGCACGAAAACUGUAGCAACAAUCACACCAACAAAGACAAUACUGAAUCGUUACGACAAAUCAAAAAGCAACACGAAGACAUAAGUGAAAACUCAGACUGUGAUCAAAACGACGAUGACACAUUGUACAAGUCUGACCCGCAACUUCCCCAAACUUUCCAGUGUGAUAUCUGCAAAAAAGAAGUGAAAACCAUACACUCGUUACGCCGCCACAUGAAAAUCCACACUGGCGUAAAACCACACACUUGCAAAAUCUGUGGUAAAAGCUUUGCAGAACCGGGGAAUCUCACAAAACACGCACGCAGGCAUACCAACGACAAAAAACACCAAUGUAACGAGUGCGGCCUGCGUUUUUAUGAACGCAACAAACUGACAAUACAUAUCCGAACUCACACAGGGGAAAAACCGUACUCUUGUAAGGUGUGCUCGCGAGCGUUUGCGACUCCAGCGCAAGUCCAAAUCCACAUGAAGACACACACUGGAGACAAACCGUACAAUUGCGACAUUUGCAAUAAGGCUUUCCCCUACAGUGGGUCGCUAGAAACUCAUAAAAAAAUACAUAGGGGAGAGCGGGCAUUUGUGUGUCGUGAUUGUGGAAGGUCGUUUUCACAAAAGGUGAAUUUGGACAGUCACGUGAGGACAAAACAUACACACGAGUGUCCGUAUAUGUGUAAUGAUUGCGGGAAAGCGUAUCCUACGAAAGAUCAGUUGAAAAAUCAUUUGAGACACCAUACAGGUGAAAAGCGGCCCUUGAAACACACCUGCAGUGUUUGUGAGAAGAGUUUUGGGACUCCUGCAGAGGUGCGGAUCCAUAUGAGGAUACACACGGAUGAAAGGCCUUAUCAGUGUGAUUUGUGUGGGAAAAAGUUUAGAGCUUCUUCUCAUAUGACGUCACAUAGACGGAUUCACACUGGAGAAAAAAAUCAUUGCUGUAUGUAUUGCGGGAAGGCCUUCAGAGAGUCGUCGACCUUGAAGAUACAUAUUCGGACUCAUACAGGGGAGAGACCUUACAGUUGUAAACUUUGUGGGAUGAGUUUUACUCAAAGCAAUACACUUAAUACCCAUAUGAAGAUUCAUGGGACGGCUACUAAUGGAUGAGGGAUGGGUUAAAUGGUCAAAGAUGUAUAGUCAUGUGACACUACCCACCCAGUUGUGACGAUUGGUGGACGUUUGAUUUCCAGUGAGAUUUUAGUUGGAGCAAAAAUGAAUUUUGGGUCAAGCUCGAUGCAUGCGAUAGAUGAUUAUAGAUUUUUUUUCAGUGGAAGAGUGAAUAAUAAAAAUUACGAAA